AUGGGUUUGUCAAAUAGUAAAGUUAUAAGGGAUAAAUUUCCAUUUUUUUUCAAUAAUAAAGGAUCUGAGUCAAAACGGUCGAAUAAGAAUGGUCCCGAUAAAUUUCGUUUCGAAAAUGGUAAAAGAUACCAUAACGUAGAGAAUUCUACAUAUUUUUUACCAAAUGAUAACGAUGAAUGUGAUAGAUUACAGUUACAGCAUUUCAUAGAGAGAUAUAUUUGGCAAGAUAACUUUUUCGCCCCGGUUAAUCAUCUCCUUAAUCAAGAAGGUACAAUGGUUUUGGAUGUAGGAACUGGUCCAGGCACUUGGUUACUCGAAAUGGCAACUAAUUAUCCAAAAUCAAAAUUCAUCGGAAUCGACAUUUCUCCUGUUCAACCAAACACUAUCAAACCUAAAAAUGCAGAAUUUAUUGAAGGGAAUGUGCUAAAACAUUUACCAUUUCCAGAUGAUACAUUUAAUUAUGUGUUUCAACGAUUUUUGAAUGUCGGAAUACCUGAAAAAAGUUGGCCAUCCGUGAUUAAUGAGUUGGUCCGCGUAUUAAAACCUGGUGGUUAUAUUGAGUUAUUGGAAGUUGAAGUUCUUUUUAAUAAAAUGGGGCCUGCAACAGCAAGGCUUAUGGAUGGCAUAUUAAUUAUAUUUGGUGAAAACGGUUUAGAUCAAAUGACAUGUCAUAAAUUACAAGGUUUUUUAGAAGGGCAUAGACAACUUCAUGACGUUCAUUCUGAAAUAAAGAAAAGUAUAGAUAAUGAAGAUAGUGAAAAGUUAUAUAAAUUGAUGUAUGAAAAUUAUGCUACCGGUCUCAUAAGCUUGAAACCCAAACUUAUGAAUAUAAUUGGUGCUUCUAGUAAUGAAUAUGACGAUUUGAUUAAGAAAAUGGGAAACGAAAUAAUAGAACUCGAAUCUUUUAGUUUGCGAGUACGUGUUUAUGCUCAAAAACUAAAUACUGCUAAUAGUGAUGCUUAG